CUCUCUCUGCACGGGACGCUGCUGCCUUAUACGCAGUCUUGCUUGACUUGACACAUCGUGAUUGUGUGUAUCAACAGCACAGAUGAAUGUUAGCAGUGUCUAAUUUAAUGCUUAUUUUGUAAAGGUGUUCUCUGAAAAGAAUCUAAGACCUACAGAGUACUUUUCCAUAUUAAGUUUAUGACAAGUACAAAAUGUCAUCACUUCACAAAACCCUUCUGAAGUCGGGAUUACCCCCUAAAGUACCUGCUUCUAUGGUGUCAGGUUCUAGGAUGCAUGGACGCAAGAAAACUUAUACUCCAGUCUCUUAUAAGAAAUAUUUUGAUUCAUAUGAAGAUGUUUCUGUGAAUGGAAAUUCAUUUAGAGUGUACAGACUUGGGUGUGAAGGUCCAAUUUUAUUUUUACUUCAUGGAGGUGGAUUUUCGGCUCUGAGUUGGGCAUUAUUUGCCGCUUCCGUGACAUCUAUGGCACAAUGCCAGGUGUUAGCUAUGGAUAUUAGAGGUCACGGUAAUUCUCGCACAAAUGAUGAUGAAGAUUUGUCUGCCUUCACAUUAGCAAGAGAUGUUGGUGAUGUACUUCAGGCUAUGUAUGGAGGUGCAGAUAUGCCAAACGUUGUUCUUAUGGGUCACAGUAUGGGAGGAGCUGUGGCUGUUAGAGCUGCUUCAGAAGAGUUUAUCCCUGGACUUGCUGGUUUAGCUGUAAUUGACGUUGUUGAAGGCACUGCUAUGGAUGCAUUGACAAGCAUGCAAAGCUUUCUACGAGGAAGACCAAACAAUUUUCGCUCCUUAGAGCAUGCAAUAGAAUGGUGUGUACGAACUGGGCAGAUUCGAAAUUCUGACUCUGCUAGAGUGUCAAUGCCUGGCCAGCUGAAAAAUGCAAAGACUGGUGAGCUUGCUACGUCAGAUAUAUCAGAGGAAAGCAAACUGGAAGAUACUAGUUCACAGGUGCUGCCCACUGCACUUGAAAGGGGUCUGGUAAAUGACAGCAUUACAGAAGAAGAUGAGUCUUGUCCUUCAGAAUUUAAAUCUCCCUCUACGCUGCCUGCACUGGAAGAAAAUAAUAGUCAAUACACUUGGCGAAUUGAUCUAGCUGGAACUGAAAAACAUUGGGCAGGUUGGUUCCAAGGUCUUUCCUCUAGAUUCCUGGAUGUACUUUGCCCCAAAAUGUUGUUGUUAGCCGGCAUAGAUCGUUUGGACCGUGAACUUACUGUGGGACAAAUGCAGGGUAAAUUUCAAAUGCAAGUUUUACCCCAGUGUGGACAUGCUGUACAUGAAGACGUUCCUGAAAGGGUUGCGGAAGUUGUUGCUAGUUUUCUUGUUCGCCAUAAAUUAGCCGAGCCAACAGCAAACUUUCAUGUGUCUCUUCCUGCAUGCUGAGUAGUGUUUAAUCCGUUCAUUGUUGUGCCCGUGAAUGAUCUCAAACAAAAUUGCAUUAUAUUUGAAGCAUGUUACUCAAAAUGUUCUCAUUGACCAUAACUACUGUACAUAUUUUAUUUUUUUUCAUGAUCAGUGACAUUUUGUUCUUUUACUAAAUUUGUUUCUAAUGGCAUGGAUAUGGUUCUCAGGAGUUAAUAAAUAUGUGUAUCAAAUUAAUUCCUCUUUGCAUAAGCUGAACCAGUGGGAUGUCUGAUUUAAUGUCAAAAAUCUAUCAGAAUAUUGGGGACAGUAUUAAAUAAAAUCUAAAAGUAGGCA